AAAAAUCGUGUCCGUCAUGUUUGGACAUUUAUCGUUCCGUUUAUGACAUGCUGCACAGCGUUCCAGUUAUUCGUUCCAAUUCUGCGAUGCAUAUUGUAAUGGAAUCUGGCGAAUAAAUGGAAUAGCGCACGGAAGAGCUAGGAGACUGAUAGGGAAGAGACUCGAUUUAUCGUCGUCGAUUCCAUCACGAUUUCUGUAAACGUGAUUUGGAGGAAGAUGUUACCAGAGCACGCGACGCUGCGACUUAUUCUUGUCAUCAUAGUAACCGCUCCCGGUGUAAAAUCACAGAGCAGAGCCCGUACUUGCGUUUCGCAUCGUUCUUCUCGUUUCUCAUUCAUUUCUGUCUGUGUAAAAAUUAUUUAACGAAGAUGCGAGAUAAAGUUUACGGUACCGACUCGAGGUCGAAGAACAUCCGCAAGAAGAGUCUAUUCGAAGAAUAUGCUAAGAUGUUUCGCAUCCUAUUGGCAACUUGGAUCCAAGGUGCUCGGUUCAAGAAUGAUAAAAUAAACGAGGACGAAGACGAUUUAAUAUUACCGAGCAACGAAGAGUGGCGUUUUCGAGCGUACUAUCGGUUGGUCGAGUUGCAAAGAGAAGAGGAUAGUCUCGCUAACAAAAGAGUCGACGAGGAAGCUAAGCUGGAAACGGAGACGGAAGCGAAGUCGAAGGUGGAAGAGCAAAAGGCCGAUUGGGAAUGGGAGCCUAGAGGACAAGACUACAGCUUGAGGGCUAAGCCCACGAACCAUCGAAACGAGGAGUCCAAGGAAGGAUCGUUGACCAGCGUGAUCGGUGUCGGUGGUUCGAUGACCGAAGCGUACAUCCAACCGGGUUGGCGUGCCAACGAUAUCUUGUUGGCUGCAAAAGUACUCCAGAGAGCUCCUUCUCCACGGUAUUCAGAUGAAGCUGAGAUGCGUCGAGUGUUUGGGCUCGUCUACGACGUUCUCAGAUACAAAAAGGUGUUCUCUCGUGCCUUGGAGGAUGUGGGAUUCUGGCGACGCUAUAGCAGGAUUAAGGACCAAGAGAAGAUCGUUUGGUUGUUACUUUAUGAUAUGCAAGGAAGGAAAUUCUUAAAACCGAGGUCUGAGAUUGCAGCUCGCGAAGAACGCGAGAAAAUGUUCAAAGCGGCAGGAUUGAAGGAUAUCGAGAACUCCCUCCUCGAGGUGAAAACGCACCUCGCCGCCAGUAUCUCACGUUUACGUAUCCGCGGCUCGGCCCUGAACCUCGACGAGCUGCUACCGACUCCUCUGCGAGUCAUCGAAGGUGUCACUUGGGGCGAACCGUCCGCGAUUGCUUCCGGAUGGAUAAACACCGAGAAGCUUCGUGGCAAGGAAAAGUUUCACAAGGAGAUGUCGAGAUUGAAUUUGAUCUACUGCGAGGGCGGCGAAGCGACGGAGCUCGGGGAGACGGAGUACGCGUUUGACCCCAUUUGCCCGAAAGUGGUGAACUUGCAUGGGAAUGCACGAGAGACUCUGGCUGUUUCCAAUCUCGUUCGCCAGCACCGUUUCGUGUUCUUAGAAAGAUCGUUGUGUUUGGGCGCGGCAGCGUUGGCACAGGCGAUCCGCGUGGGUCGCAUCCGUGGCCCGAUCAUCUUGACUCAUUCUCUGGCGCCACGACACACCGGAUAUCUGGCUGAACUCUUAGCCGACAUCGAGCACGCCGGAAAGCUGUUGGCGUUCGGAGCCGGUGAUCGUUGCUGCGAGUACGAGACUUACCUGAAAGACUUGGGAGUCACGUUGCAACGGUGUCGCGUAUUUCCUGAAAAAUACGUAUCGUAUCCGGUGAACAGCGAAUUGGAGAGAGCUACGGUAGUAUUGGCCGCGCCGUCGUGUAGCUACACGGGUGUACGAGAUAUCGUCGACCUGGCGGUGGCUCGCGGAGGGGACAUCGACCUCUUGGAAUCGUUGACAAAUGCUUACGGCGACGGGAACGAAAAUUACAACGAUCAGGAACAGUGGCGAAAUUUUUUAACGGAUCAGAUGUCCACUUUGAGAUACGCCCUGACCAGACCCAACGUGCAGUUCGUCAUAUACGAGGUGCAUACGAUUUCACCUUCGGAGACGACGGACAUGGUCCGAACGGUAGUAGAUUCCGUGAACCAGAUGGCUAUGGAGAAACAUCGCGAGCAUCCGAGGAAGCUUCCAAAAGAAUCGAAGUCGACGAAAUGGGACGAAGAGCUGCGAGAAGAUUCUGCCUUGUCGCUUUCUAACAUUUCUGUUCCUGACAGUGACCUCUUCGAGGUGGGCAGCAUUGACGAUAUCUACGGGGAGAAUACUGGUCAUAUGAUGGAUCCAGGAUGCUUUCUAACGGUGAUAAAACGAAAGGAGAUGAUGCAAUUCGAUUCGUUGUUUAUGAUCAAAGUAGCAGAAUCGAAGGGAUUGUUCGGGUGUCCCAAAGUUGAGAAGCUGUCGAAGCACGAGUCGAUCUACGAACGAUCGCCCAGGAAAACUGUACAGACAAGCGCGAGGAAACACUCGAAGCGUGUCAAGAUCGAGAUCGAUCGACUUAUGACUCACACUUAUUCCUCCUUGUCAAGGAGUACUCAGGAGAAUCCAAUUUGUCCCCGGCACGAGCGAUGCGCCAGUUGGGGAGAAACCGCGUUUCAGGUACAGGAAGGAGACGCGCUCGUCACCACGUUGCGAAAGCAAAAAGAAAGCGUGAACCGUUUGAGUACUCCUGCUCGCGGGAACUCGUUACGACAGAAGAAAUUACGAACGAUACGUUCGAUAUUUUCUCCACCGUCGUCGCAAUUCGACGCGCCCGUCUCGCAGACCACGUUGAAACGAGAGAAAACCUCGUCCAUGCUGUCCAGCUUACUCAGCUUCGAACCUCUGUCAUGUCAGGAUUGGAAUGACGGUAUUUCCUCGAGUACGAUUUUGACGUCGCCGAUCUUGGCCAGGGCGCUACGUCCCGUCCCCUUAGACAACAUCGACGUCUCCGAUCACGAGGAAGAGAAGGUUCAGAUGCGACCGAGAAUGAGGCAACAAUGCUGGACAACGCGAGUGUCCCGGCUGUUGCAUCCAGCUGGCUCUCCGUCGAACGUACUCGACACGCUCCUCGACAUCGCUUAAAAUUUCUACCGCCUUUCAACAACUCUCGAUCUUUUGGAGAAAUGAAAAUUUCUACGAGGAGAAGAUCACGUUCGAAGUA